CAACCGUUGAAGCAACAAUGCCUGAACCAGCGAAGCCAGCACCCAAGAAGGGAUCCAAGAAAGCCGUCACCAAGACGGCUGUUAAGGGCGGCAAGAAGCGCAGAAAGACCAGGAAGGAGAGCUAUGCCAUCUACGUGUACAAGGUACUGAAGCAGGUCCACCCCGAUACCGGUAUCUCCUCUAAGGCGAUGGGCAUCAUGAACUCUUUCGUGAACGACAUCUUCGAGCGCAUCGCCGGGGAGUCUUCCCGCCUGGCUCACUACAACAAGAGGUCCACCAUCACCUCCAGGGAGAUCCAGACCGCAGUGCGUCUGCUUCUGCCCGGUGAACUGGCCAAGCACGCCGUGUCCGAGGGAACAAAGGCCGUCACCAAGUACACCAGCUCCAAGUAAAGUUGACCCUUAAUUGACA